AGUAUUAAUAAUCAGAAGCAUAGUAAUUUUUUUUCGUUUACAACGCGUGACAUUAUCUGGUCAACCCAGUUCGCUGCAAAAUCAAAGAUAAUAAAAUAAAGUUAAGGUGAAGGAGGGGGGAUACGAGGUCGAUAGGGAUAAGUAUAAAGUGCACUGUUUAUGCUUAGCUGGAGCGUAGAUCGCAAAUCAAUCGCAGAGUCGUGCCUCCUCUCGCGACCAAUAACAGUCGUCCUUUCACGUGUGGAAUUCGAAGUUCGACCAAGGCUGGUCACCUGUUUUCCUCCUUCCUUUCCUCCUGUGUUUCUUUUAGUUGUGAAAGUCAAAACUAGCCAGGGAAUCGCGACUGAGCAGAGAAAGAAAGAAGGAAAGAAACUGCAACAUUUGCUUUCUUUCCUCGCUGUGUAGCUUCGAGUGUAGUCUGAACAGAGUCUAACAAGUCACUGCUCUGAUUUUGCAACAGUUGACAACUUUUUCUUGAUAUCGUGGUGAUAAAACUAUAAAAUGUUGACGUGUUAUGUCACUGCAGUUCAAUGCGAGUGGAUGGAAAAUCGUAGACGUCGCGGACCGAAUCUUGACUCGCGGUUUAAAGCAAUCACGGCAGGAAACAAUGUGAACGUCGAGGGAGCUACUCACAAGCAAGUGGUGGAUUUGAUCAAGUCAGGGGGUGAUGUCUUAACGCUGACUGUUAUCUCCGUCACGCCGCAGGAAGCGGAAAAGUUAGAACCUUUCGAAGAUUUAAGUUAUGCAUCGGUGGACUACAGCGAGAAGCGAUCUCUACCUAUCAGCGUACCGGAUUAUCACGUCCGCGAGAGGAAGCAUGAGCGUUAUGUGGUUUUCAACGUUCACAUGGCAGGCAGACAUUUGUGCUCUCGACGUUAUCGAGAAUUCGCUGCACUGCAUAUGGCACUGAAGAAGGAAUUUAUCGGUUUUAACUUCCCUAAGCUACCAGGAAAAUGGCCAUUUCAAUUGAGCGAGCUUCAACUGGACGCGAGAAGACGUGGGUUAGAACAGUAUUUGGAGAAGGUUUGCGCCGUGCGUGUAAUUGCCGAAAGCGAUAUCAUGCAAGAAUUCUUGGCCGAUAGACUCGAAGAGGAUGGGGAUCAAGGUCCAGCUGUCGAUUUAAAAGUACUAUUGCCAGAUCGCGAGGUUGUUACCAUAACAGUUGCUAAAGCUGCCUCUGUCAGUGACGUGUACGAUGCAGUUUGCAGUAGAGUGGGACUAGACGCGGAAACCGCGAAAUACUUUUAUCUUUUCGAGAUCGUGGAAUAUAAUUUCGAAAGAAAGCUGCAACCCCAUGAACACCCUCAUACCUUGUACGUUCAAAAUUACUCGACCGCCAGUGUGACGUGUUUAGCAAUAAGAAGGUGGCUUUUCAAUGUAAAUAGACCACUCAGCGAGCAAGCAUUAACCUGGACUUUCUGGCAAACUGUGGACGAAGUUAACAGAGGGCACAUUACGGCCGGCGAGAGAUUGUAUCAGUUGAAAGCAUUGCAAGACGCGUCGAGGAAACACGAGUACCUAAAACUAGCGAAAGAAUUGAGCGGUUACGGCGAUAUCGUGUUCCCUCAUUGCGCGUGCGACUCACGAAAGGAAGGACACGUUGUUCCCGCUGUUGGAACACCGGCAUUUAAGCUACACGCAGCGAAGGAGGACGGCACUUUGGAAUCUCAAGUCGUUGAAUUUCACUGGAACACCAUUACUCGAUGGGAGGUGGACGAAGAAGGAAUGGCGUUCUGCUUUCAGUACACGCGCCAAGACAACCGUCCACCGCGUUGGCUAAAGCUUUUCACACCUUAUUACACGUUCCUGUCAGAUUGUUUUGACCGAAUAGCCGAAGAAGCAAAGUGGGACGAUCCAGGAGAAUGAGGUAACGUGCGGCGUUAAAAAACGUGUAUGGUGCAUAAUAGCAAAGGUAUCGUCUCAUCGGACACAUUUCACUUAUCUUUGUAGCAAGAACAUUUUGAUUAGGAUUACUUUUUUAAGACGAUUCAAAAAUUAAUGGGAUACCCUAAUCACAUCAGAUUCCUGUUUGAUCAGUUUCACGAUGCUAUCAACAUAGUGCAUCUGUUACGUGUUAGUGUACGAUCUUUUAAUAGUAUUGCAAAUACGAACAGUACUACUAGAAAAUUAACAUUUUCCUUUUGUUCUAAACAAAAGAACAUCAGCAUCAGAUGGGAGUAAACGUAUCGUUGUAUCUCUAACUAAUAACACUUCUAUCGUAGAUUGCGCUACUUUAGUUAGAAAGGGAAGAAUACUAAGCGAUCGCAUUACUUUCUAUGUAAGAUAUUGUUGCUAUAGUAUCAUACUAAAACACCAGACGAAUAGAUGAACCUAUUCUUUGGCCUAUCGUUCAUCGUGUGUAACGUAUCUUUGGGUCUCGAUCGAGAGAAUCAUUGAAUUACGAGACGUUCCUUUCUACUAGCCUAAUAGGUAUCGCCAACUUUCGUUCGUUGAAUCCUUGCGAGUAUAUGAACUUAACCAACAAGUAUUAUCUUUUAAGGGUUAGUUUCCUUUAUACUCUAUGCGCAUUUUUUUUCACUUUUUCUUUUAACUUUUUUUCCAGCCCGUUUUCCAUCUACGUAUACGGUUGUAUGUACUUGAUAACGAAGUAGAGAUUUUCCCAACAUCAAGUUCAUGUUAUCAUAUGUGUAAAGUAAGCGUAAUAGUGGUUCGAACGAUAGCACAGAUUACUUUUUCCCGAAGCUAUAUUUUUACUAUUAAAGAAACAGAAGUAUAAAGUAAAAAUUGUUUUCGAUCCGAUCUCGUGUAAUCGCGCGCCGGUAGUGUACAAAUGGUAAAUAUACAUAUACCAGAGAUUGUAAACGAGAUGCGAUCCAACUUAAAAACCGUAGCUGUGCUUAGGCGUUGAAAUCAUCGUUGAAUUCGCAAACAAAUACAUUUCAUUAUCCUCCAUUAUACGAAGACAACAUUCGUAACGUGUGUAAACGUUUGUCUAAAGAUAAAACUUAAGGUAACGAUGAUUUGACGAUGGAAGAAACAAGCGGCAAGAUCCCGCAAAUAUAAAUAAGACUUAAGAGAAACGUUAAGAGUUAUAGAAAGAUAUGAGUAAGAACGCCAUAGCAGGUGAGCAAAGAAAAAUAAUACUCAGUGAUAUUGUUAAAGAAGAUACAGAUAAUAAGAACGAAACGAUUAUAUAUGAAUAAUUUUAGCGUCUUUAAGAUCGGUAAAUACACUGAUGAACCUUUAAAGCAUCUUGGCCUGUUCCUCGAGUUAACCGAUGGAACAGCGAAUUGUUCGGAACCAAUCUAUCGCCAGGAACAUCAUAUUCGCCGUUAUGGUCUCUCUAUUUUUUCCUUGUCUCCUUGUUCAAGUUGCUUUCCAUCGAUAGGCUCUGCGAUCUUUCGCACUUCCGUUCCGAACUAUUCGCUUGUUCAACAAUGAGAGAAGCCUCGGCAGAUAAUAAUUAUAGAAAUAGAUGUAUAACUAUCGUUAAUGUUUUUAAACUUUAUUCGAAGUGAAUUGCGCGUGAUUUUUGAGGCAGCAGAAGCCGAAUGGUUUAUCCUAAGGAUAUCGAAGAGGGAUAUAACGUUAGUAGCAUUAAGAGUAUAAUCCUUGAAGUGCCGUAAGAAUAAUGAGAACCUUUUUGUUUAAAUGAAACAAAUGUUCUGUUCGCAAAGAUUUCUAAUAAUUCAAGUUCAAUUGAUCGAAUUAAUCUAAGGUGGUUGAUUAUCGUUCAGUACUGUACAAUAUUUAAGCAGGGAAGUUUUGAUUAUUUUUAUGGGAAUUUCACGCAUCGAACACCAUACUAUCCGAUCAGAUAUAUAAAUAUGUACGUCUGAAAUAUAAAUCUACUUAUUUAUA